CUGGCUCUGCUCUUUUCCCAAGAUCACGUGACUGGGUGACGUCACAAAGAGGCGGGCGAAGAGCGAAGGCAGCGCGGAGGAGCAGAGGCUGCGGCUGGAGAACGGCGGUUGGGAUGAAGCUCAUCAUUCUAGAAAAUUAUGAUCAAGCCAGUGAAUGGGCCGCAAAGUACAUUAGGAAUCGAAUAAUCCAGUUCAACCCGGGUCCGGACAAAUAUUUCACCCUUGGACUUCCCACUGGAAGUACUCCACUCGGAUGCUACAGAAAACUAAUAGAAUAUUGCCGUAAUGGCGAUUUAUCUUUCAAAUAUGUGAAAACCUUCAACAUGGAUGAAUAUGUAGGUCUGCCAAGGGAUCAUCCAGAGAGCUAUCAUUCCUUCAUGUGGGACAACUUCUUCAAGCAUAUUGACAUUGAUCCUGAAAACACUCAUAUCCUGGAUGGGAAUGCACCUGAUCUACAGGCAGAGUGUGAUGCUUUUGAAGAAAAGAUCAAGGAGGCGGGAGGAAUCGAGCUCUUUGUUGGAGGUAUUGGUCCAGAUGGUCAUAUUGCUUUCAAUGAACCAGGCUCGAGCCUGGUGUCUAGAACCAGAGUGAAGACUUUGGCGAUGGACACAAUAUUGGCUAAUGCCCGAUUCUUUGAGGGUGACCUCUCCAAAGUGCCUACAAUGGCUCUCACAGUUGGAGUGGGUACAGUCAUGGAUGCUCGAGAGGUUAUGAUUCUAAUCACAGGAGCUCACAAAGCAUUUGCCUUGCACAAAGCUAUUGAAGAAGGCAUAAACCACAUGUGGACAGUGUCGGCCUUUCAGCAACAUCCCCGCACAGUGUUUGUGUGUGAUGAGGAUGCCACUCUGGAAUUGAAAGUCAAAACAGUGAAGUACUUUCAUGGCUUGAUGCUUGUUCAUGACAAACUUGUGGAACCACUAUACAGUAUGAAAGAAACAGGAACAAAGAAAAGCCAAGGAAAGAAGCCAUACGGUGACUAGACUCUUGAGUCCUGAGAAACUGGUUAAGCAUACCCUUCUGGUAACACAAGGAGGUGAAAUCUGCAGCAGUACACAUCCUUCAUUUCCACUAUUGGAAAAUACAUUUCCCCUCCAUGCUAAACUGGUAGCAGGAAAUGUGACCACAUCAAGCAUUCUCCAACAACAGCACUGUUUGAACAUUAUCAGUUCAAACUGACCGAGUGACAGAAUGGAAAUAGUCUAUCACUUAACAGAUCAUUAAAUGCACUAAGGAUAACUGGGAAAGAGAUUUUAACCUGUAAUAUUAAUCUCAAUCUAUAUGCAGAUACAUAUACUCAAGUAUGGAAUUUGCAAGAAGUGGAAUGUUUGCAAUUUUUUUUAACAUUAAAGACUAACAGGAUUUUUGAAAAACAA